AAUAUAUAUUAGACCCUCUUAAUCUUAUUUAAUUUGUAUACAUAAAUAAAUAGUAUAAUUAAUUAUUUGCACUUGAUUGUUUUUUUGCUUUGUAAAAUCAAUAAUUAUUAAUAUAUAAAUAUUAAGUUGAUUGACAAAUACAAACAAAGCACAUUCUAAAAAAAACAUAGACACAAAAGAUUUUAUUUUAAAGGAUAAAUGUUUACAAGUGUUAGAAAAAAUAAAAUAAAACCAGUAUUGGGAUCUGACAGAACCGAAAAAAGCAAAACUGAUUACAAAGAAUCUAUCGAAGAAGAAGAUAUUGAAUUAGAUAUUGGAGAAGACUUAGUUGAUGAUGAUAAAGAUGAAAAAGUUUAGUUAUAGGAAAGAUCUGAUAAAUAAAACAAUCAGCAAUAAGAAAACAAUCCAUCUAAGGAAAAUAAUAAUAAUGAAAGUGAUAUUGAAGAAAAAGUAGUAGGAGGUGAUUAUGAAGAGCCAGAAUUUUUAGGUGAAGAAGAAGCGGAAGGUGAAAACGAUGAUAAAAAAUAUGAUUGGAUGGAUUCCGAUGACGAGGAAGAUGGAGAUGAUUAAAAAAAUGACCAUGAUAAAAACGAUAGCAAUAGCUCUCCUAAUUAAAGGAACAGAAAAAGCUAGAACAAUAUGUAAAUUCCUUUAAACAAAGAAGAACCUGAGUAGAGAACCAUAGUUGUGACAAACUUAAAUUUUGAGCUUUCAGAUAAAGAAAUAAGAAAUUACUUCUAACAAUUCGGUAACAUUGAAGAUUUAAUUGUACCCAGAAAUGAAGGAUAACUAUUUAACAAAGGAAGAGCGUUUGUUUAAUAUUCUACAGUUGCUAUGGCGUAAUUGGCAGCUUAAAAAAAUGGUGAAUUGUUCAAAGGCCGUCCACUUGAAAUCAACUUGGGUCUUUAAUCAGGAGUGAAUAUGAACAAAAAAGUACCUUUCAUGUAAAAUAAGGGCAGCAAGCACUAAUCAAAGCUACUAAAAUCAAGAAGUAAAAGUAGGGAAAAGAAAAGUAGUAGAAGUAAGAGUAAUGAAGACAGCUAUAGUAGAAGCAGAAGUAGAAGUAGAAGUAGUUCUAGCAAACGUAGUAGCAGCAGAAGUAGCAGUAGAAGUCGUAGUAGUAACAGCGGUAGCUAGAGCUAAAGUCGUAGUAGGAGUAAUAGUUAAGGAGAAGAUAAAAAAAGUUCUUCAAGAAGAGAUUCGACUUAGCAUAAUCGUCAUAGGGAUCGCUAUAGAAACUAAGAUAGAAGAAAAAACGAUAGCCGCAGUAGAUCUAGAAGCUAAGAAAGAAGAAACUCUUAGCACAGUCGUGAUAAUAACAGGCAUUAUAAUCGUCACUAGCAUGGCCGUCAAUAAUACUAAAACAAAAACUAUUAAAGUUAAGGGUAGAGAGGUGGUUAAGGCCAAAAUAGAAGCAAUUAUAACAACAAUAACGGUAACCGCAAUUAUGGAGGUGGAUAAAGGCACGGAGGUUAAGGAUCACACUAUGGUGGCAGUGGACACAGAAAUUGA